AUGAAAUUUGAACUCUUGCUUACUAAAAUAUUAGUUCUCGUCACUUUACCCCUCGUAGCAAUAGCCAACCCUCUCUAUUCCCAUGGAUUAAGUAAAAGAGACUUCUUUAGUCCUGGUCAACAUGCAGGAGGUAUAUUAUUUCAUGAUCUUACCUCGAAAAUGAAGUUUUGA